GAUGACUAGGCGUUCUGCCUAGUUUUUGCAACACGAUAACCUCACCAAUCUAGGGAUAAAGCAGGAUUAUUGCCGUCUUUGCAAGCAUAACGCAAUAGGAGUUCCCUUGAAGAAUCACAAUGCACUUGUUCCGAACAGGGCUAUUGCGACUAUACGCAAUCGUUUAGCUGUUAUAUUGGAAACAUCCAGCAGCGUGUCUGGACUCGGACUUGACCGUGGAUGGGCCCUCAAGGACCUCUGGGUUGCUCUAGUCGCGUCGGGCGCACGGCAACUCCGCUGCAAAUACCGGUAGCUAGUGCGCGUGGCAUUGAUGGACGUCUUCGUAUUGUGAAGCGGCAUCCGCUGCGGCCUGCAGCAGCGAUCAACCCUUCGGAGGUAUUCGCCAGCGUUCGAACCGAUGCAAAUCCUGCAUCGUCAGUUGCUGGGGCUUCCUACAGGCGCGAGGAAGGGCCGCUUCCCCUCGCAAGCAUCGCCACGGCAGGCCCAGCCGACCCCCAUGCAGCAUCCCCUCCCGAGCAGCACCCCCAACGCCUCCACCUACGCUCCCAACCGCAGCCCGGCCAGCAGCACGACGCGGCUCAGCGGCUCGUAACACCGGUGGUGGCGUCCGCGACUCAACUGCCAGCCCGCAGCGGUGUGAGCCCCGGCGGAGUGGCUCUGGGCAUCCUGCUGACGGUGGCGCUGCAGCUGCUGGGCCGCUGGCUGGCUCGGCAGCGCUGGGGGCAGCAGCAGCGGGGGUGGGGGCAGCGGCUGGCGGAACUGCUGGACUGGAGCAACAGGGGCAGCAGCGGGGGCAGUAGCAGCGGCAGCGGAAGCAGCAGCGCUGGGCGGGGCCAGAGCGGUGCAGGGACAGCAGCAGCAGCAACCCGCAGUGGCAGCGGCAGCCUGAGCAGCACCAGCGGAACCAGCGACUUCGGUCCCUCCGCGCACCCCGCCGCCUCGCUGAUGAGUGGCUGGGACGCGGAAAACGGCGCUGAGGCGGCUUCAUUCCUGGCGGGAGCUGGGCCCGUGGGCGGCGGCAGCUGGAGCAUGCCAGGCAGUCCCACGGCCACCAUGGAUGGCGGCCCCGGCUCGGCGGGAGCCCUGGGGUCUCCGCCGGGUUCGGGUCCUGGACCCGGCGGCUCGCAGCAGCAACAGCAGCCGCUGCCUGCAGCUGGCGGCAGCAGCAGCUCAGCAGCGGCGGCAGGGGCAGCAGCCGGGGCGGCGGCGGCGUUGCUGGCGGGGGCGGAGCCGGGGGAGAGUGUGGAGUGGGUGAACAUGUGUUGGCGGAAGGUGUGGCGGGUGUACCAGCGGGGGCUGGAGCGGUGGAUUAUCGACCUGCUGCAGCCCUUGUUUGAUGGGCUGGUCAAGGAGGGCGGUGUGCCCCGCUGGCUGUGUCGGCUGCGGGUGGUAGAGAUGACACUGGACCAUGAGGCGCCCUACUUCUCCAACAUGAGGCGACGGAACAGCAGAAAGGACUCCGACCUCAAUGGUGUGGUGGACAUCCGCUAUACCGGCGGCGCCCGCAUGCUGCUCAUGUUGGAGCUCGGGGAGGGCCGCUGGCGCUUCAAAGUCCCCGUCCUCGUAUCCGACCUGGACCUUGAAUGCCAGGUGUGGCUCAAGCUGCGCCUGGCGCCCAUGUGCCCCUGGAUCGGCACCAUCAGCUUCGCCUUCGUGGGCCCGCCCAACAUCAAGGUGCAGCUCUCGCCGUACAACCGUGUACGGCUGAUGCGAGUGCCUGUCGUACAGAACUACCUGCGCAAGCUGCUGACUGUGGAGCUGCCUCGGCUGAUGGUGCUGCCUCAGCGGCUGGAGGUGAACAUCCCUCCCUCGGUGACCACCAUUGCGGAGGCGGCGGUGGGGCGGGACACCAUCAUGCGCGCGGUGGCCAGUGCAGUGCUGCAGGCUGACGCGGUGGAGGCUGCGCUGCUGUCCGCUCUGCCGCUGGGGCCGCAGACGCCCGCGGGCGGUAUCACACUGCCGGAGGCCUUCAAGGGCGAGCUGAGUGUGACCCUGCAGGAGGCGCGCAACCUGCCGGUGUGGGGCUUCCCGGGGCAGAGCAACCCCUACUGCAGGCUGGUGCUGGGGGAGCAGGCUGUCCAGUCCCGGCGCGAGGGCGACACCAGCCACCCGGGCCGCCACCGCGCCCCCGUGUGGAACCAGGAGUUCCAGUUCUUGGUAGAGGACCCGGAGCUGCAGGUGUUGGAGGUGUUGGUGAAGGACAGCCACCUGACGGGGCGCACCGAGGUGGGGCGGGCGGCCAUUCAGCUGGCGGACGUCAUGGCGGCGCAGAGGGGAGCGGAGGGCGGCAAGGUGUCCAUGUGGGUGCCGCUGCAGCCGCCCGGCACCUCGUACGGCAUCUCGGGGGCGGAGGCCGUGGCCUCGGGGGAGGUGCUGUUCGAAAUGUCGUACAAGCCCUUCGACGACGACGACCAGGACUCGGGUUACCGAGAGGCCGAGAACUUCUCCCGCCAGGCCGCCUCACAAGCGCCCAUCACCGACAUUCGCAGCGCCGCCGCCGCCAGCAGCCGAGCCGCCGUCGCCGCCUCCGCCGCCGUGUCGGCAAUCGCCAUGACGAAGGCCGCGGCGGCGCGCGCGGCGGCUCGAGCGGCCCGAGCGGCGCAGGAGGCGGCUGCUGCUGCGGCGGGGGCCGCCAAGGGAGCUGUGGACCAAGGAGCUUCCAUGAUUGGACAGCAGGCACUGCCGCCGCCGCCGCCGGCAGCGGCUAGUAAGGCGCUGCCGCCGCCGAGGGAUUCCCCAGCGGCGGCGGAUGCCGCGGGCCGCGGCGGCGCCGCCGCAAGCACCAGUGUGGCUGACGACGUGGCGCGCGCUCGCGCCCGCGAGCGACUGCAGGCGCUGGCGAAUGCAGCACUGGCGGCGGCGGCGGAGGCGUCGAGGGACAGUUCGGGUCAGCGACGAAUCAUCGUGGCGGCUGAGGAGGCGGUGGCGGGCAGGCAGGCGUCAUUGAGUGAGGCCACGCGGGCGAAGGCGCCGGCGGCGGCGCUUGGCGGAGGCGAUGAUCUCGCCGCAACCGCCGCCGUUGCGACCAGUCGUACGGCGAUGCCGACGUCAACGGCGACGGCGGUCAUUGAGCGACCGGUGGUUUCGGAGCAGCAGCCAUUGCAGUACGGCAGCGGCGACGGCAGCAACGGUAACGGUAACGGCAGUGGCGGCGGCGGCGACGUCAACGGUGUUGUGUCGUACAGACGCAUCGGCAACGGACAUAUGCUGGGCACUGACGGCGACGGCAGGGUGUACGGCGUGUCCUUCGUCGGCAGCAGCAGCGCCUCUGGUAGCCGCAGCAACGGCGACGGCGGUGGUCAACAGGACCCCCAAUCGCUCCCUCCACCCAGUGCGGUGUUGUCCUCCCAGGCUCGAGUACCCGGAGAGCCCUCCGGAACGCCGCCGCUUCCAACUGUAGAGGCGCUUGAGCUUUCCCCGCAGCAGCGACAACAACGCCAGCAGCAACAGCUGAAGCAGCAGCAGCAGCAGGCCCGGCAAGAGGCCAUUGACGUGACCGCGGAAACCGUGUCAUCGAGGCCAGCCGGGGAUCACACCGGCAGCAAACCGCCGGCAUCACCUAGUAGCGCCGCCGCUGCGGGCGCGGGGGCAGGCGCGGGGGACUCCGUCAAACACGCCUGGGCCAGCUUGUCCGCCUCCGCACAUUCCCUGACGGCCUCCGCACUUGACAAAGCUCGCGAGUCGCUGGGACAGCUGCCGCACCCGCACCCGCAGCAGCAGCAGCAGGAGGCGUCUGAGGGCGGAAAUGGCAGUAGCGGUAGCAGCAACCGCACUAGCAGUAGCAACAGCAGUAGCGGUGGCGGUCCUAGCGGUAACUGGUUGGAGGCCUUCGUGUCCAAGUUGCCGCGCUACGGCGGCGGGCCGGGACUGGAGGAGGACAUCUUCCAACGACGAGGCGCUGGCCAUAGCAAGGAUACCGCCAAGGGUGGCAGCAGCAGCGGUAGCAGCAGUGGUAGCAGCAGUGACGGUGCAGACGGGAAGGCCGCCUCCGCAGCUGGCGGGAGUUCCACCCCUGACGGACAGCAGCAGCAGCAGCAGCAGCCAUGGUGGCUGUUUUGGGCGCCCAACGCCGGCGCGGCAAAGCUGCAAGACGAAAGCAAGGAACCCUCCUCCUCCUCCUCCUCCUCGGCCGCCUCCUCAAAUCAGGAAGGCGGCGGCGGCACGGGCUCCUCCUCUGCUUCUCCUUCCUCCUCUCAGGAUCGACGACCCUGGUGGCAGCUCUGGCCCACCUCCUCCUCCUCCCAGACGGACGGCAAGCAAGGUGCAGCCGGCAAGAAGAAGGGGCAGCGCGGUGCUGGUGGUGGGGAUGGCUCGGGCGAGGGUGGGGCGGCGGCGGAGGAGCAGCAGGGUGCGGGCGAGGAGGGCGCCUCCAAGCCGGUGGAGGCGAUCUACAUCCCGCCCGACCUGCCGCUGGAGGAGAUCGCAGCGGAGGUGCAGCGACUCAAGGAGGACAGCUGGCGCGAGCGCAGCGACCACGUGAGCAACCUGUGGAUGAAGGCGGUGGAGCGGAACGACCGCAAGUGGCUGAUGCUGGCAGCCUUCCUGCUGUCAGUUGCGGUGGGGCUGCUGACGGUGGUGGCGUGGAGGCUGGAGCAGCUGGAACACAUGCAGGCCGUCGCUCCCCAGCUGACGCUGAUGACCAUGCAGGCGGUGCUGCAGGUGCUGCUGCAACAGAGCGGGGCGGACGGCGGCUGGAUAGGCGGUAUCAGGUGGAAGUUGGUUACCACGUGGGGCCCAACCGCAUCCCAAACCACACCGGAACCAACCACUUCGGAUUGCCGUACGCCUCCAACGGUCCGUACGACAGCAAUGGAGGCGACUGAGGGACUGACCGCCUGGAACACGGCUGUGGCAACAUCCUCAUCCACGAGCACGGCUGCCUCUGAAGGAUGGAUGCCUGACUCGAGCGUUAGGCUGGAAAGCAAUGUAAUGGCGCAAGCUGCUGCGCUGUAGGACAAGAAGUCGCGUUUGGUGAUGAUCGCGAUGGCAUUGGUGGUGUUUGGUUCCGAACGACAGCUUGCGGAUUGUACGCUUGCAGGACCUCGGCUGUGCGAUGCAGAACUUGAUAAGCAAUGCGGUUGGGCGUUUAUAUUAGAUGGAGUUAGAGGUACUAUAGGUCGUUGAAGUGCCGUGAGCUGAGGACAAGACGGCCCUG